GCAGAACAGAGCUGAAGAACAUCACCUGAAGACCACCUGAAGAAUACAACAUCAACCCGUGAACGCCAUCAUCAGUGCGACCAAACAAAGGGAUUAUCAGACGGUAUCAGAAUUAUUAUAGAUUUAUUAAUUUAAUGAAAUGAUCAGAAAUGUUUAUAUUAUGACAUGCAUAAACGCGCGCCUUCAACCAUGUCGUUCUCGGACUCCGAAAAAACUUUAAAGGAUUUUUAAAGCGCAGCAAAAUUUCCACUGAGUUUCUCUUCUGGGAAAUAAAUAGAACAAGAGAACAAACUGCACAGGAGCUGUGAAAGGUCGUGUUUUAAGCCCACAGUAAAGAUGGACAUCCAAAACAGCAGUGAUUUGGAGAGACCCGAGAGCAAUAUAGACUUAGAGGCACCCGAAAAAACAUUAUUCGGCAUCGGCACCGACAACUUCGUCACCCUUUUGAUUUUUGGACUCAUUUUUACUCUGGGGGUCCUGGGAAACUCUCUGGUCAUCACCGUGCUGGCUCAACGCAAACCUGGACAGCAACGCAGCACCACCAACAUCUUCAUCCUGAACCUGAGCGUCGCCGAUCUGUCGUAUCUUCUCUUCUGCAUCCCGUUUCAGUCAACAGUUUACAUGCUGCCCACGUGGAUCCUGGGUGCCUUUAUUUGCAAGUUCAUCCACUACUUUUUCACAGUGUCCAUGUUGGUGAGCAUCUUCACUUUAUCGGCCAUGUCGGUGGACAGGUAUAUCGCCAUAGUGCACUGCAGGAAGUCGUCGUCUAUCAGAGUUGCCAGGCACGCAUUGAUCGGGGUGAUGGUUAUAUGGGUGCUGUCCUUCGCCAUGGCCACCCCUGUUGCCUAUUACCAGAGUAUCGUGGAAAGUGAGGAUAACAGCACGUUUUGCUGGGAAGUGUGGCCGGACCACCACAGGAGGAAAAUAUAUGUGGUGUGCACGUUUGUCUUUGGAUACGUGCUGCCAUUGAUUCUAAUAUCUUUCUGUUACGCAAAGGUCUUGAAUCACUUGCAUAAAAAGCUGAGAAAUGUUUCCAAAAAGUCUGAAGCAUCGAAAAAGAAGACUGCUCAGACAGUACUGGUGGUUGUGGUGGUCUUCUGUCUGUCCUGGCUGCCCCAUCACGUGGUGCAUCUUUGGGUCGAGUUCGGCUCUUUUCCCCUCAACCAGGCGUCCUUCGUGCUCCGAGUGGCCGCUCAUUGUCUAGCCUACAGCAACUCCUCAGUUAACCCUGUUAUAUAUGCAUUCCUCUCUGAGAACUUCAGACAGGCGUAUAAACAGGUGUUUCGUUGUCAGGUUACUUCCGAGUGCCCUACGAAUGAGGCCAGAGAGAAGAAGAGCAAGAUGGAGGCGGCACCAUCCACUAACUGCACAACUGUGUAGCUGAUUGUUGUAUUUAUUUAAUGAUGCUUUUCAAAUGAAAAUCAAAGAAAAUAUGGAACUUGUGGUGGUACUGUACAUAUCGAACAGAAUUCAUAUGUUAAUGUAUUUUUUACAUUAUUGAUGGAAAUAAGCUUUCUCUUAUUUGUAAUGUAUGUACGUAUUUCUGAGCAAAACCAAGACCUUAUUAUUUGCUGCUGAUGUAUAGAUUGUAAAUACAUGCAUUCAAAGAAAGUGAUGGGAGUAAAGGUGAGGGGAAAAGUAAUCUGAAGUUUGUUAUCUUGAGCCAUUUUGUGUAAGAUGACUCCAGCACACCAAGCACACGAAGAAUAUUAAAGGGACUUUAACAGGGAAGAUUAAAUUCAUAAGUGUCCUUAACUUUGAUGGAAACUCAGAAACUCAAUCCAUAUGUGGUACACUAAGUGCACACUGGACUGAAAAAUCCAAUCAUUGUGUCCUAGGGUCACGAUAAGAGGCUACGCAUUUGUUCUCUCAUGCAGAAGAGACAUGACAAGAUUAUCGUUGAGAUAAAUGUACCUGAAUUACUGGUAAUGAAAUAUACUGUAAGAAGGUCGUGCAGGCUUGUCACGAUCUCUCGACUCACAGAAUGGUGGAGGGGGGGCAGGGUGUUGAAAAUGUGCAAUACUGCAUAAAUAUCUCAGUUUAUAUCUGAUAUGAAUAUCUCUACAACUGUAUUUCAUGCUCUUGUGUUUAUGGUUUUUGUGCUGUGUAGUAAAGUUCUUUCAUG